AUAAAUAAACCAAAAAAAAAAAACGAAACUAAAACAAACAUCAGAAGAAGAAGAGGAGGACGCAGCAACAGCUGAAGAUCAAGUGAAGUGAGCGACAAAAUGCAACGCACGCAGUCGCGGUCGCUGCCGCUGCUGCUGCUGCUGCUGCUGCUAACGACAGCACAGACGCAGACGCAGGCACAGGCGCAGGCGCAGAAUAUAGAUGAAGGCUGCAGUUUUCCGGGCUCUCCGGCGCACAGCAGCGUUGUCUUCACGAACGCGAAUCUAACGCAGGGCACCGUCGCCUCCUACAGCUGUGAGCGUGGCUUUGAGCUGUUGGGACCCGCCAGACGUGUCUGCGACAAGGGUCAAUGGGUGCCAGAGGGUAUACCGUUCUGUGUGCUAAACGUGGCCGCGGGCAAGGCGCCAAUGCAGAUAUCAACAGAGGGCGCCGGUGCACCACAGAAGGCCAUCGAUGGCUCCACCUCCGCCUUCUUCACGCCGGAGACCUGUUCGCUAACGAAGCCGGAGCGCUCGCCCUGGUGGUAUGUCAAUCUGCUGGAGCCCUAUAUGGUGCAGCUGGUGCGUCUGGACUUUGGCAAAUCCUGUUGCGGCAACAAACCGGCUACGAUUGUGGUGCGCGUUGGCAACAAUCGUCCCGACCUGGGCACGAAUCCCAUAUGCAAUCGUUUCACCGGCCUCCUCGAGGCCGGCCAGCCGCUCUUCCUGCCCUGCAAUCCGCCCAUGCCGGGCGCCUUUGUCAGCGUGCAUCUGGAGAACAACACACCGAAUCCGCUGUCUAUAUGCGAGGCAUUCGUCUACACGGAUCAGGCGCUGCCCAUCGAGCGCUGCCCCACGUUCCGGGAUCAGCCGCCCGGCGCCCUGGCCUCGUACAACGGCAAGUGCUACAUCUUCUACAAUCGGCAGCCAUUGAAUUUCCUCGAUGCGCUGUCCUUCUGUCGGUCGCGCGGCGGCACCCUGAUCAGCGAGAGCAACCCAGCCCUGCAGGGCUUCAUCAGCUGGGAGCUGUGGCGUCGCCAUCGCAGCGACGUCAGCUCCCAGUACUGGAUGGGCGCUGUGCGCGAUGGCAGCGACCGCAGCAGCUGGAAGUGGGUCAACGGCGAUGAGCUGACCGUCUCCUUCUGGAAUCAUCCGGGCGGCGACGAGGACUGCGCCCGCUUCGAUGGCUCCAAGGGCUGGCUCUGGAGCGACACCAAUUGCAACACUCUGCUCAAUUUCAUCUGCCAGCACCAGCCCAAGACCUGCGGCCGGCCCGAGCAGCCGCCCAACUCGACGAUGAUCGCCCUCAACGGCUACGAGGUGGGCGCCCAGAUCAAAUACAGCUGCGAUCCGAACCACUUGCUGGUGGGACCGGCAACACGCACCUGCCUCGAAACGGGCUUCUACAACGAGUUUCCACCCGUCUGCAAAUACAUUGAAUGCGGUCUGCCCGCCAGCAUUGCCCAUGGCUCGUAUGGACUGCUCAAUGGCACCGUCGGCUACCUCAGCCUGGUGAAAUAUGCCUGCGACGAGGGCUACGAGAUGAUUGGACGCGCGCUGCUCACCUGCGACUUUGACGAGCGCUGGAACGGACCGCCGCCACGCUGCGAGAUUGUCGAGUGUGAUACGCUGCCGGGCAACUACUACAACACGAUCAUUAGCGCUCCGAACGGCACCUACUACGGCUCCAAGGCGGAGAUCAGCUGCCCGCCUGGCUAUCGCAUGGAGGGACCGCGUGUGCUCAGCUGCUUGGCCACGGGCCAGUGGAGCAGCGCUUUGCCGCGUUGCAUCAAACUGGAACCCUCCACGCUGGCCACGCCACCCGCACCGCCCUCGACGGCCUCGACGUCCUCGCUGCCGCCGUUUAGGCCCAAGAUCACGGCCAGCACGAGUCGCACGCCCGCCUAUCGGCCGCCCAUCAGCACCAGCAGCAGCAGCAGCAGCGCCACGCCCAGCACAGUCGCCAGCUAUCCACACAGCACGCCGCAGGUGGAGAUCAAUGGCGAAGUCGAUUCCGAUGAGGACAUUGUCAAUGUGCCGGUGCCGGGUACUGUGCGCGAAGAGUUUCCGCCCCGGCGCACCAUUCGACCCGUACUCAUACCCAAGAAGCCCAGCAGCACGCCACCCACCAGCUACAGCACCAGCAGCUCCAGCUCGAGCAGCAGCAGCACCACCCAACAUGCGCCUGGACCCGUGUCCACCUACGCCCCGACGCCGGCGCGUACUCGACCCACGCUGGAGACGACCACGCGGAAUACGCAGCAAAUCAUCCUCAACUCGCAUCCGCAGGACAAUGAGAUUGCCGACAGCGUCAACAUUCGCCAGAAUCAAUCGCCCAAUGUCAACGUUCCGUUUGCCGUCGACAAUCCCGAUCGCAAGGAGACCAAAGAGGCCAAGCUCAAUCUUGGAGCGAUUGUGGCUCUGGGUGCCUUUGGUGGCUUCGUUUUUCUGGCUGCUGUCAUCACGACGAUUGUCAUCCUGGUCAGAAGCACCCCGAACAGCAAACGGCGCCACCUCGCCAAACAUUUUACCAAUUACAAUCAACACAACCACCAUCACCACCAGCGGCACCAUCAGCUCCACCCGCAUCAUCAGCAGCAGUCGAGAUCCCAUCCGCACCACAAACGUCAACAACAGCCGCAGUCACAGUCGCAGUCGCAAUCGCAGUCGCACCACCGUGCUGCACCACCCAAUCGAUUGCCCAGCUAUGCGACAGCCACAGCCACCAGCGCCACCAGCUAUGCCUCGACAGCGCAGCUGACGCGCUGCAGCAGCAAGGGUGGUGCAGGUGGUGCAGGUGGUGCCGGUGGCGGCCUGCUCGGCGGCUACCACAUGCGACUCUUCGGCGAUGGCUAUGGCAGCAUUAGCUCCAGCACGCGCUGCGAGGCGCCAGCAUCGCUGUGGUACAGCGUCCUCGCGCUCCCCUUCGAGGACCAGAAGCUGGCGAGGCGGGAGCUGAGCACCUAUGGGCGUGGCUAUAGGGCGCGAGCGGGUCUCUUUAGCAGCAGUCACAUAAACCGCACCACACAGCAUUAUCGCCAUCGCGCCUCACCCGACUGCAACACGGUCGCCAGCUUCGAUAGCUCCACCUCCGGCUCCCGCAAUGGCCUCAAUAGAUACUAUCGCCAGGCGUGGGAAAACCUGCACGAGUCCGCCUCAAAGAACAGCUCACACAAUGCGCUGCGCCGCAAGGAGACGCUCGAUCCGCCCAGCAUGACGCGCUCUCGCGACAAUUUGCGUGACAAUAUGCAACGCUCCCGCGAGAAUCUGGAUAGAUGCGGCCGGGACAACUACGGCAUGCGCGACAACUCGGAGAUGGUCGUCUCGGAUGUGUGCCUGAAGGGCGAGAAGAAGCGCCAUCAUCACCAUCAUCACAAGAGCAGCUCACGCAACGGCGACUAUCGCGAUAGGGAUCAGUCCGCCGGGCGGCGCGAGCACCACAGGCACAGCGGCGGGGGCGGUGCCGGCGGUGGUGGCGGACACUAUUGACCAACCAUGAUCAUCACCAUCAGCGUGGAGGAGCAAUAGAAGCGAUCGCAACUAUCGAAGCUAUCGUAGCAAUCGCAAUAAUCGAAGCGAACGGAGCCUGAACAAAUUUCUAUUAAUAUAACUCAUUUUUUUUUUUUUUUGCUUGCAAUUUUCUGUCGGAUUUCGAAUUGAGCUUUAGAUUGUAGUUCAAAACUUUCUGUUUAUAGCAAAAAAAGAAAAAAACAAAAAAAAACAAAAAAAGGAAAAAGAAGAAAAGCAGAAGUGGGAGAUGCAUAUUAGAGCCUAAGGAAUUCUUGAAACUUUUGCAAAAGUCAAUAGCUACUAUAUAUAUACAUAUUUAUAUCUAUAUAUAUAUAUAUAUGUACUCGAAUAUCCCUAUAUAUAAUCAUAACUAGUUUUCGAUUGAGUCCCCCCCUCGUUUUUAGUUAAAAUUUUUUAUGAAUUAGUUGAUAAAAAGAAACAGAAGAAGCGAAGGUACAUGAAGGCGAGGCGAGACGUGGCGCGGUUUUUUAUAUAACUUAGUAUUUAGUUGAAGAGCAGAGUAAGAAGAAGCACCGUAAAUAAUAUACCGAAUUCAACCGAUCCUUAGACCACAGCAGGAAUUAUGUGCAACUUGGUUUAGCCUAAGGCGCGAAAGCAAUUAGGCCAAAUCGACUUGCGCAUAGUCGCAACUUCUUACUUAGUUACGUAGCAUACCCUAUAUAGAUGCAUAUCCUAUAAAACCCCAACCAUAGCUCACAAAUCACAAGAUGAAUAAAUAAUAUUGUAGUACGCGUGCCAUUGAAGGCAAGAAAAGCAAACGACAAAAAAUAUACCACUAAAAGAUAUUCAAAAUCAAUUUACAUUUAUCUCUGCACUUAGUUCCAUUUUACACGCACACACAUACAUUUUCUUUAUAUAGUUUACUUUUUUCAUAUAUGUAAUUAACGUGUUUUGUUUUGA